AUGCUUGUCGCUAACAAGCAAUUGCCUCUUGGUCGCUCCCACAGUUGGGAUACUUUAGGGGGGAAUGAGGGUCAGUGGGAGAGGACUGAGAGUGCAUAUGAGCAGCAGGCGAGAAUAGCUGGCCGGCGGAGUUCUCUUUCUUACGGAGAGGGAGGUGGGUGGUACGAGCCUGCUCCAGGGGUGCGUCCUCCUGACCUGGAUUCAAAACGUGAACUAUAUUCUUACCAAGACUCAUCGUACGGACAGAUGUACACGGACCCACGAGGAGUGAGGAAGAGUUCUGUACCUGAUCUCAACCACUACGAAAGGGGGCCCAUGACCCAUAGAGGAUCUAUUUCACAUCAGGAUUACUAUUCCCAUGACCCGGCCAUUACACCUCGCCCCCCUGAAGCUUUCUACAGAGCGGAUCACCACCCACCACCUCCUCAUCCUCUCAGUAGGUCUGGCUCACAUUAUGGCAUGACACCAGCUGCUCGGGCUGCCUGGGACCAUGGGCCGAGUAGCAGAGCCGCACCCCAGGGCCCUUCAUCACCUCUUCCUCCUCCACCCCCUCCACCAACCUCCCAUGAGGUGAACAGAGCUUAUAGGGAGCCUAGUACUCCCAAAAUGAUGGCUGAUGGACAACAACGGAUACCGUCUCGAGCUCCAUCACCUGCCCAUUAUCCUUUGGAUCAUGCCUCUCCGCGCUAUGCAGGUGAGCCUCCCCCUGUGACUGGACAGGUUUAUACUGAUGUGAAUGGGCGGCCGUUGGAUCCACAACAGCAGUCAGCCACCUGUCUGGUGAUUGACCCCGCCAGUCAGGGCAUGGCUAUGAGGCAAGAUACGGCUACAGUGUACAAUGUUCAACAACAGCAAUUACAUCAACAGCAAAUUCAGCAACAGCAAAUUCAGCAACAGCAAAUUCAGCAACAGCAAAUUCAGCAACAGCAAAUUCAGCAACAGCAAAUUCAACAACAGCAGUUACAGCAGCAACAGUUACAGCAACAACAGCUUCAGCAACAGCAACAAAUACAACAACAACAGAUACAACAGCAGCAACAGUUACAGCAACAACAACUUCAACAGCAAGAACAAAUGCAGCAACAUCUGCAGCAGCAGCCCCUCCCCACUGCAGUCACAGUGCCCAUGCCUGACCCUAAUCUUCCUCUGGCAGCUCCUCAUCCUGUUGCACCUGUCCCAGUACAGACUACAGCAGUUGCAGUCCUCCCUGCUCCUGCCUUGGUCCAGGCUGUAGCAGCUCCUCCUCCACCUGUCACACCAUUGCCUGCUCCUGUCCCUGCUACACUUCCUCCUGUUCCACAGACUCCCCUGCCAGUUGACUCAAAGAAGCCUGCUGAUCCUGAGUUUUUGGCUUUGUUGCGUAAUGAGGGCCUGUCAGAAAGCACAAUUUCUUCUCUUAUACAGCAAGGUUUUGAUUCUACAAGCAUGCUUGCAGUUAUGGAAGAGAAUGAUGUCCGCACAGUGGCACCUAACCUUGGUCAGGCGCGUGUAUUGUCUCGGGUUGUUCAAAAUUGCAAGCGCCCUGUAGAAGUCCCACCGGUGUUAACACAGUCACAGACGACAAUGCGAGGGCGUUCAAAUAGUUUUAGUCAUCGCUCAGACAUCUAUAGCCAGCAACAGCAUCCUCCACAAACAUUGACUGUAGAUCCGCAGCUUUUGCCCCCACAAACACCUGGUCCCAUGCAAACCAUCAACCCAAGAAUGGGAGACACAGUGGGUCGGAGGCCCAGCAGUGCCCCCUCUCAGCAUCUAUUAGAGGCAUCAGCUUUUCCUGGACAGGCCCCUCGCUCUCCAGUGCCAUAUGCAGGAGCCAUGAUGCCUGUUCAGUCAAGACCAAUGUCCGCUUACUCUUCAGGGGUGACAGGAAUGCCCAUGCAAGGUAUGCAAAUUUUGCCCCAGCACAUGUCCGGGUCAAUGCCUGCCAUUGCAGGAUCUAUGCAUCAACUUCCAGCCAUGCCCCAACAAAUGCCCAUUUCAAUGCCAGCUUUACAACAGCCACCCCAACAAGUACCUAAAGCUUACUCUACCAAUUACACUGUGCCCAUGGAGCUGAUGAAGAGAGACAGGAGUUUACUGCCCAUGUCGCCCAUGCAAAGCCCUCACCCAAGUCCUCAGAUGAUGCGUAAAGGUGGAGGCCCUAUUCCAGACAAUGCUCUUAUCCCUGUUGGAGUCCCUGGUCAAAGCCAAAGUACUGUGGUUGCUAACCAGAAGCUCAGUAGGCGAACUGGUCCGCCAGUGAUUGUUUCCACAAUGGCAUCUCCAGAUACAAGUAUUCGGCCCCAGAUAAUGAAUGGGCCCAUGCACCCACGCCCCCUAGUGGCACUGCUAGAUGGGCGCGACUGCACCGUGGAGAUGCCCAUCCUCAAGGACCUAGCCACAGUGGCUUUCUGCGACGCCCAGUCCACACAGGAGAUUCAUGAAAAGGUGCUGAAUGAAGCUGUGGGAGCCAUGAUGUACCACACCAUCACGCUGACCAGAGAGGACCUGGAGAAGUUCAAGGCCCUGCGCAUCAUCAUCCGCAUUGGCAGUGGCUACGACAACAUCGAUAUCAAAGCCGCCGGGGAGCUUGGUAUUGCUGUGUGUAACAUCCCCUCCGCUGCUGUAGAAGAAACUGCAGACUCCACACUAUGUCACAUCCUCAACCUGUACCGACGAAAUACAUGGCUGUACCAGGCUCUACGGGAGGGCACGCGGGUCCAGAGCGUGGAGCAGAUCCGAGAGGUGGCGUCGGGUGCUGCCAGGAUCAGAGGAGAAACGCUCGGCCUCAUCGGAUUUGGCCGCACGGGGCAGGCGGUGGCGAUCCGGGCCAAGGCGUUUGGCUUCAGUGUGAUCUUCUAUGACCCGUACCUGCAGGACGGGCUGGAGCGUUCUCUGGGCGUACAGAGGGUCUACACUCUCCAGGACCUGCUGUACCAGAGCGACUGUGUGUCUCUGCACUGCAACCUGAACGAGCACAACCACCACCUCAUCAACGACUUCACCAUCAAACAGAUGCGUCAGGGGGCUUUCCUCGUCAAUUCAGCCCGAGGGGGUCUGGUGGAUGAGAAGGCUCUGGCUCAGGCCCUGAAAGAAGGACGGAUACGCGGAGCUGCUUUGGACGUGCACGAGUCAGAGCCCUUCAGUUUUUCCCAAGGCGCUCUUAAAGACGCCCCUAACCUGAUCUGCACUCCGCACACAGCCUGGUACAGUGAACAGGCCUCACUGGAGAUGAGAGAGGCCGCAGCUACAGAGAUCCGCCGGGCCAUCACAGGCCGCAUUCCUGACAGUCUGCGAAACUGCGUCAACAAGGAGUUCUUUGUGACCACGGCCCCCUGGGGAAUGAUGGAGCAGCCGCCACCUCAGGUCCACCCAGAGAUCAACGGCGCCGCCUACAGGUUCCCCCCUGGCGUGAUGGGCGUGGCCCCUGGUGGUAUCCCCGGUCCUAUGGAGGGCCUGGUGCCGGGGGGAGUGCCCAUCAGUGCUCACCCUUUACCCCCCGGCCCUCACCCGUCCCAGGCCCCCUCCCCCCACCAGCCCUCCAAACACGGAGACCCCAUGAGAGAGCACAUGACUGAGCCGUGAGCCGGGGGCAGUGAUUAGGGCCUGGAAGCUUUCAACAGUAACAUUUCCAAAAAGAACAUCGCCACCAUCUUGAAGUGACCAGCAGACGCCAGAGAGUGAGGACAGUGGUGCUGGACUGCCGCACUUAGACAAGGACUGGCCAACAACUCUCUGUUUUUCCAUUUAUUUAGCUUUCCUUUCCGUGGAUGUUUUGAUGGAGGUUCUUGGGACAUACAUGCAAGACCAAACUCCAGUUUCAAAGACAAUUCCUCUUCCACCCUUCUCUUCCAUGUCUCGUUUUUUUACAUUCUAUUGUUUAUGUUAAGUGAAUUAUAUCUGUCUUUGUUUUUCAGUGUAUGAAAAUUAAUGAAAUCUUAAGUUUUGCGUACAAGAACAGUCAGAAAAUUUCAGAAAACACUUAGUAGCUGGAGUCCCCUGAAUGUAGAGACGCUUAAAGGGGAAAUCAAAACCGCUUGCCCCCCCAAUACAAAAUCCAAGUUAAAAUUUUUGCUAUUUAAAUUUUCUCCCAAAAUGGUCUUACCGACUUUCCAACCACAAAAAAAUUCUCAGGAAAAAAAUAAGAUGUGGCUCCCGUUUCUUGCAAAAAUUCUUAAUGUCAUCUCCUUUCCUCAUUGUGGUAUUUUUUUAUAUAUCAACUGUGCGUUUUUUGAUGUUUGAGGUUUUCGCUCCUUAGAUUUGUAUUGCCUUGUUAAAUGUUCUUAUAAUCAUAGUCUUACGUGAGGCGCCCUUCUCCUUCUUAGGUUCCUUCUUUGUUUUCUGCUCUAAUUGAAUCCAGCCACGGCUCCAGCCCCAAAAUGGCCGCCGUGGCAGUACACAGUAACAUCCCUUUAGCUCCGAGAUGUUAGCGAGAGAAGGCUGCUAGCAGAUUGUUUGGUUUUUAGUGUGAGUGUUCGUAUUUGUUUCUUGUACAAGGUGAACAUAUAGCAUACAGUGCAGCUGGAAACAAUGAAUAAAACAUACUGUUCUGAUGAUCA